UAAGUUGUUGGUUUUUUAACAUUUCGCUCAACUUUUCUUUAUUCCACAAACUAGUUCAACUAAUUAUAUUUGUAAUCAAUUGCCACAGGAACGCUGCUUAUUGUGUUUUUUGGUAAAAAAGAGUGUAAUUUUUUUUCUUUUUUAAAUUUACGUGGUGUGUUUGGUGGCAUGUCCAGACUAUGCCCAUCAGGAUGAGAUGCUAAAUGACCUCUUACAGACCUCUGAAUGACAUCUUAUAGCUCCAACAUUAUGCAGUGGAUCAAGGAGUGAUCUACAUCCUGAACAGGGCUACUGCAUAUGCAAGCUGGCAGUGUUGCAAGUACUAAUCAGUGCAUGGAUUUCAUGUUUAUGUUCGAUGAGUUUUUCGGGUUGCUGAAUCGUUCUCAUAAAGUUCAAUCUGACCCUGUCAUCAGUUUGAAAAUUUUUUUUUUAGUUGACUACUUGUAAGAUUUUUUAACAGACUCCUCAUAAAGGUGUUUUUUAAUUAGGGAUGAGGGAUAUCGGUUGUAGUCCAACAGUAUCAGGAUGUCUUGCGCCUUAGCCGGCAGGGCUGCCUCUUCAUUGCCUUGGAAGCCGACAUGCGCUUUUACACAAAUCAAAGCCGAUUCUUUCCCCUCAUAGCUAAGUCGCUUUGCUUGAACCCGGCUCGCAUAAUCAGCUAUGAUAAAUUCUGUAUCGACAUGGCUACUGUGCUGUCCAUAUAAAUAACAUUUUGGAUCCCCGCCGAAUUGCACCUGACCUGGGUUAAUUCACCACAGUGACCUUAAAAUCGUGAGAGACUGGUUAUUGAAAAAAGUUUAGAAUCUAUACUUUCCUGUGUAAAUUUUUCAUUCUUAUAGAAAAUGACAGAUGAACAUAUGAUGUUUCCAGCUUACUUCAAUUGGUAUGUACACAAAUAAUAUUUUUAUCGCCAAGACAAAAAUUGACAGUUGUAAGGUCUUUUAUUUCAACGGCGUCAGUAGAAUAACAUCCAUGAGUUAUAAUGUACUGGCUGAUUAUAUGCACCCUCGACGCCCUCCAGAAUCUGGUUUCUAUGGACUAUUUCAUACUUUUUGUAAUGUUAGUGUUAUGAAGAUGUUUAUGUUAUAAAAUAUAGAAAUAAAUACGAAGUAAUAUUUUUCUUUUCUGAUAAAAUUUAAAAUAAGAUCUGUACUGAGAACCUUAUUUGCACAGCAUUGAGUUUUUCCUUUUAAACAAUACUCAUUAAAUUUGAACUAUUUGUUACAUAGUUUAGUCAAAUUUCAUCAAGUUAAAUUAAAUUUAUGUCGAUAAUGCUUGUGAGUUGCCUAAUGAUUUGUUUACAUACCAUUGUUUCAUAUAAGUUUUACUCUCAGAGAUGGGAAUUAAUAAGUAGCAUUAAAUUAUAGGUCUUUGAAAUGGGGUAAUUUUUGUCAAUAUCAUUAUUUUAGCCAUGACAUGAAAGGAGUGAGCAUCUAUUUUCUUGUGUCAACAAAUGCUUUUAUUUGAUAUCUAAAUGGCUGAGUUACAAUACUUAUAUCAAUAGAAUUAGAACUAAAUUCCCAUUUUGCCAAUAUAGACUGUCUGAGAAUGUUCAAAACAUUUAUUACAAUUUUUCUUUUAUUUCAAGCGACUAAAUGCUUGGAGAUUAAUAUGGACUUCACAAUUAAUGACCAAUUAUCCAAACUCGCACAUCAAAUUAUUAGAAAUUAUUUUGACAAGAAUAAAUGCAUAAUAAUCAUAAAAGAGGAUAACUUAUUGACGGAUUUUCCCAGAGGACACAAUGCAUUCAUGCAAAUUUUAACCGAAGAUUUGUGUUUUGAUGAGCUUGCAAAAAGCAAUAUUUUACAAGCAUUUUCACAAAACUGCUACGGAUACAUCAUUCAAAUCUCCAACCCCGAGUGCUUUAUGAAAAUAUGGACAGAAAUGCUAUAUUUGUCAAUACAGAGGCCUAAUCCUAAAAUAUUUUAUUUGCCAGUUGUAAAAAAUGAGACGACUAACAUAUCGCAUGACAUUUAUUCAAUGAGGGAAACUGAAAUUUCUGACAAAAUUCUUGUAGCUGAAUAUUCGGCUGACCCAAAAUGGCCCAUAUCAUUAUACACAAACAAUUUUUUUGAUCCAGUGGGGAAACCUGGAAGGGUUGAAAGCAUUUUUCUAGAUAGAUGGAAUUUUGAAACAGGGUUUGAAAAUUUCACCGAUCUAUACCCAGAUAAAAUUCAAAAUCUUAGGGGGAAAAGCGUAAGAUUGAUGGCUUUCAAUUAUGUUCCAUAUGCCCACAAAGAUCCAUAUGACGGAUUUGAAAUUGAAUUAUUUAAAUUAUUCUGCAUGAAAUACAACUGCACAUUGGAAUUUAUCGAUGAUGGGUUUUUUUGGGGUUCAAUUUAUAAAAAUGGGACGGGGAAUGGUAUCAAUGGAUUAGUAUAUACGGACAAAUCUGAUUUUGGCGUCGCAGCAUAUUUCUUGUGGAUGGAGGAAUUUAUGUACAUUGAUUACUCCCAUUCUUAUUUGCGUGGCGCUGUGACUCUGUUAGUACCAAAGCCCAUUCCUCUUAGCGGCUGGAAAGUGCCUUUUUUGCCCUUUGACAUUAAAAUGUGGUGCACAUAUGUUCUCACCAUUAUUGUUGCUACAAUUUUUAUGUAUUUGAUUACUUCUGCAACUAUGAAGUAUACAAGAUUUAAGGAAGCAAUUAUAAGGAAGAAACAGUUCAUUGCAAUAGAAGAUAGUCUGCUGAGAAUCAUUGGAAUGUCAGUUUUACAACAGCCAUCAAUUCCUUUAGUACCACACACGCCCAUUAGACAUCUCUUCACCUCUUUGGAGAUGUUUUAUUUCAUACUGACAACAUGCUACUGUGCAAAACUUUCUUCCUAUCUUACUGUGCCAUUAUUUACAAAACCUAUCGAUACUUUUCAUGAACUAGCUGCACAAAAUUUUCCUUGGGCUGCUUACCAUGAAGCUUUUGUGUAUGCUUUACAGUUUGCUGAUGAUCCAGAGGUCAAAACUGUUGUCAACAACUUUCAUAAAAUGGACAUGGAGGGACUAAAGGAAGCUGCUAGGUCUGGGAAAUAUGGACUAACUCUAGAGCGAUGCCCGUCAGGUCAUUACUCUGAGCACGAGCAUAUAACUUUGGAAGUAAUUGACAAUUCUCAUAUUAUGGCUGAAAAUUUGUUUGGCUCUCCUGUCGUAGCUGUCAUUAGGAAGGCAUCACCUUAUAAAGAAAAAUUGGACAAAUUUAUAAGUCUUGCACUUGAUGGGGGACUUUUCAAAGCAUGGGAAGUUAAAGCAGCACUGCUUUAUCUGAACUCUAGGAAACAACUUGCUAUCGAACUUUCAAGAAGCCUGACUAGGAAGAGUGAACCUAAAAAAUUGACUUUAAAUCAUAUACAAGGCACAUUUAUUAUUUAUGGAAGUGGUGUAAUUAUAUCUUUUAUGAUAUUGAUCUGUGAAUGUGUUUAUGGGAAAAGAGAAAGACUCAAUCAUUGAAUACAUUUUAUUCUUAAAAAACCAAC